AUGGCACUGAACUUCAUAAAAGCCCUGUGGGCUCUUCUUCUCCUGGCCACGUUCGCACAGGCCCAGUUCCAGUUCUUCGAGCAUAUGUUUGGAGGCGGCCAGCACCAGGAGCAUCAACAUCAAGGGGCCAAGGACGCUUCUAGCGAUAGUUCCUGGUACCAGAAGCAAUGGAAAGAAGCCCGCUGCAAUAGAUACCUAUGUCCAGACACACUAGCCUGUGUGCAUUUCCCGCAUCACUGCCCGUGUCCACAUCCAGAUGUGGAAGAAAAAAUUGAGCUGGGCGAAGGGAGCGCCAUCUGCGUGUCGAGGGGAGGAUACAAGGCUAGGGAGGCGUCAAGAAAGAUUGAGCUAGCGCGGAAGGGCCUUUUGUGA